UCAUUGCCUCGCAGCAGAUCGUCAACGAAGCAUCCAGCAUCCAGCAUCCAGCACAUCCCAGAAACCACCAAGGAUUACCAAAACAGAAACAGGGAAUAUAUAUAUACCAUACAUAUACCAUGUUCCUCCAACAAGUGCUCGUGUGCUGCCUGAUCCUGGUGGCCUCCACCCAGGCCCGUCCUCAAUAUGGCUACGAACAGCCUAGUGCGGAUCUCUUCCUAGGCGGCGGCGGCGGCGGCGGCGGUGGCUCUUCUCCCGGUGGCAGUGUGGGCCUCAUCGGUGGCCCCACCAAUGGCCUGGUCAGCCUCCAGUCACAUCGCGGUGGUGACAAGUACCUGCCCCCCGCCAGCACCACCCAGGCACCGAUCAUCAACAAGAAAUUCUAUUUGGUUUCCGCACCCGAGGAUCACAGCAACGAUGGCAAGGUGAAGCAUCUGGUAUUGGGACGUCCGCAGAAGAACUACCGUGUGGUGUUCAUCAAGGCCCCAGCCGGUGAUAAUGCCAAUGUGAAGUACUCGGCCGAGUUUGCUCCACAGGAGGAGAAGACCGUCAUCUAUGUGCUGAGCAAGAAGGAUAACGAUGUGGAUGCCAGUGACAUUGCCACCCCAGCGCCCACACAGCCCAGCAAGCCGGAGGUGUUCUUCAUCAAGUACAAGACCGACGACGAGGCCAAGCAGGCGCAGCAGGAGAUCCAGGGGCAGUACGACAAACUGGGCGGCACCAACGAGUACCAGGAGGAUAACAACGCUCCCAUCACCUCGGUGAUCGGCAGUCUGGAUGGCCUUAAUCCUGAUGGCAGCUACAACUACCGCCAGAUCGCCAACCGUCCGGCUGCUGUUUCGCCCAAUGCCCAGUACCUGCCCAGUCUGCUGAAGCACUAGAGGAUUACCACCUGCUGCACUGCACCACCGCAUCAACCAGAUCACCCAAAUCAUCACCCGAACCCCGUUGUGUUGCGUAUUUUUAAGAAAUCACUCUAUAUUUUUUUUUUUCUAUUUUUUUCUUGUUAUAUAUGUUAUCGAACUGUUGUUAAUAAAAAAUGCUUAUAUUAAAACCAAAAUAUCAAGCAAUGUGUUUA